AUGGCGGCGCGUUUGGCGCCGAGAAGGACGGCCACGUGGGCGGGUCGAGCGUCCCCAGUGCGGAGCGGUCGCGACGGCAGUCUAAAUGCAGCACACGAGCCCUCUCCCACCCGUUCUUUCGGCCAAUCCCCACCCUCUCCCCACCUCCUCUGCAGCACAGCACAAGCCGCCGAGCCUCCGCCGCUCUUCCCGUACCGAGAGGGCGAGGGCAUGCCGGACCUCUCCAAGAUGCUUCGGCACUCCGACCUUGCUUCUGCUGCUGCUUCUGGUGACGCUGGUGGUGAUGCUGCUGGUGGGAAACUGGGGGCUGGGGUUGAAGGGGAGUCCGGAGGCGACAAGGAGGGGGGCGAUGAAGGAGGGAAGGAUGAUCCUAUGGACCAUGAUGGCCCUGCUGCAGCCGAUGGUGCUGGUGCUGCCUCUGCUCCUGCUGCCACGGCUACAGACGUUGCUGCUGCCGCCAGUGGUCCUUUGCCUGGAGCACCAACCGCAGCAGCAGCAGGGGCGGCAGCAGCAGGGGCGUAUCAGCAGCAGCCGGCAGUGGAGAUCUCGGUGCCGCCCGAAUCUAUCACCACUGCCAACCGCCAGGUGCGGUCGCGGCAGCUGUGGGGCACGGACGUGUACACUGACGACUCGGACAUUGUAGCAGUGCUGAUGCAUGUGGGGUACAUCACACCCGUCUCAGUGCCCCCACCAGCAUCCAUAGCUGAGCUCCGAGCAACCAUUCGCGUGCUGCCACCUCAGCCCUCCUACCGCUCCUCUUCGCGCAACAGCAUGAGGUCUCGGGCAUGGGGGUCAGGCAAGGGCACAUGCAGCUAUGCAGUAGAAAGCUGCAGAAUCAUCAAGCUCGACGGCACCAGCAUCGACCUGGAAGCUUCCUCUGCCCGCACGCCCCCAGUGGGUCCCACGCUUGUUCCAGCAGCGGUCGAGCGCACCAUGACCACCCGCGCCUCCGCCUCUGUGCGGAACGCGCACAGGCACCAGCGCUUCGUGCAAGAAGUGACUCUACAGUACAACCUCUGUAACGAGCCCUGGCUCAAGUAUUCGAUGGCCAUUAUUGCCGACCACGGAUUGAAGCGGCCUCAGUUCACCUCAGCACGGCUCAAGCGAGCCGAAGUGCUGUACCUGGAAACAGCCACGCACAGGUUUGAGUUGAGCUACGAACCCGUGUCGGCCCGCAAGGUCUUCUACUCUGUAGCACUUUCCCAGGCCCAGCAGCAGCAGCAGCAGCAGCAUAUGCAGCUUGAAGCUGCCGGUGCCAAAGCUGAUGCGGAUGCUGCUGCUGCUGGUGACGGUGGUGCUGCUGCUUCUGCUGCUGCUGCGGAUGCUGGUGCUGCUGGUGUAGUAAGGGAAGGAGGGGUGGAUGCUGGAGGGGAAAAGGAGAAGCAAGGCACCACCAGCGCCAACCCUGAGACCCAGUGGGUGCUGCCUCAAAGUGCGUUGGCGCACGUGCAUGGGAAGGGCAAGGGGCCGAGAGACACGUACCGCUGGACCCAGUGCGUCCCGCCCCUCCCUCUCGACCAGCUCCGCUCCCACGGCUGCCCUCUCCCCGUUGCCUUCACCAAGAUCCUCGAGUCUGGCCUGGCGUGGGACGAGGUGCAGUGGGCGCCUGGGGGGGUGUGGGUGCGGGGGCUGCAUUACCCCGUGGUCAGGGCUCAUUUCAUGCCCCGCAAGUCCUUCUCCUCUCGGUAG